ACACGUAGUGUCUUUGUUGGAAAUAUUAUUGUUUCAGUCUCCAUCUGCAGCUGCAAACACAAUUAGCAAAUGUCACGGGGCGGACAUCGGCUUAGGCAGAGCCGCUGAUUGCGCAUACGCAACGUGGGCAGCCCACGAACUGAUUGUGUGUCCCAAGUCGCAGUAAUUUGCAUGCAACGCCCGGCGGAGCAUAAAAGGGAAUUCGAAGCGCGCAUUGGAGUAUGUGAUUUUAAUGAUGUGUUUCAGGAUUGCUCGAACGAAUCGAGUUGGCGUCGCGUUCCCAAAUAGUAUCUUCCCCCGUCUAUACACACAUACAUAUAUAUAUGUAAAUAUAUAUGUUUGCACAGUGUGUAAGAUGCUUUGAGGGAGUAGUCCGCUUACCAAAAUGGCCACUGAGCAGGCGCCCAAUUUGUGUGGUCAGCAGCUGGGCGAAUGGACGCGCCAUCAGGUGUGCAGCGACGAUACUCUGGCUCGCCUGGCACUCAAGUACGGCACAACAAUGGGCCGAAUCUGUCGAGCCAAUCGCAUGUAUUGGCCGGAUGUCCUGCAGACGCGUGACUAUGUUUGGGUACCGGCAGCGGGCAAACAAAGCGAACAGCAACAGCAAAGCGAGUCGACGGUGACUGCGGCCGUGGCCUUACCGCAUCGCGGCAGAGUCUCGAUUGUGCCGCCCCACUUCUAUCGCCAGAGUGCGCCCAAUGCGGACGACUUUGCCGGCGACUGCGAUCCUCUGCUGAUCACCAUGCGCUGCAUGUGACGCGUGCACAAUCAGGCAAUGGCAUCUUGGGAGGCGACACAAUUUAAUUAGCGACCACAACUGCAGCUGCUGCAGUUGCUUCUGGCUCCUGCUCAUCCUGCCCGGGUGGCUGCAGCUGCAGCUGCAACUGCCAGUCAACGAGCGUUAUCAGCCAAGCGAACUUGUGGGCGGAAUUUCAAUUAUCGUUACAUUAUGCUCUUAGCCGUGCGUCCCCAGCGCUUGCUACGUGAGCUUUGACUGACUUUGACAGCCGAGGAGAGGCGAAUGCUUGUGCUUCUGCUGGGCGACAAAACAGGUCCCGGCUCUAAUACUUCGCCACAGCUGGCAACAUCCUUCACCUCAAAAUUUGCUGUAUUAGAAAAGAUACAAAGAUAUAUUAAUGUGGCUGUGCCAUGUGAAGCCUUCUCCGACGUUGAUAUAUGGGAAAGUUGCAUGCAUAUAAAGAAGCUGGACUUACGAAAUUUGUAGUUGAAAGUUGCAAGCGACACAGUCAAGUACAUCAAUUAUAAGCUAACAUUCUCUAAUGGCAUUAGCUUCGCUGGCAGAGCAAUUGAAGUUCGGCGAGGACACCAACUGCUGCGCUGACAUUAAGCAAAUGUCUGGGAAUUUUUGUCGCACAGCGGAAAUAAAGAAGAAAUGCGAAGGCAGAGCCAUUGGCA